AUGUAUACGCGGAUAAUGCGUUGGUACAUUAACGCAUAUAAUCUCACGACCGUGCCGCGGACAUCCCUACUAUUAACAACACCGCUCUCGUCCCUCCCCGCGAACAAGUCCCAUCCCCAUCUCCCUCCUCCAGAGCCCCACCCACGAAUCGCCUCAUCGCCGCCUUCGAAGCCCACCUACCCACUCUCUCAAAUCUCAGACGUCAUGUCCUACCACGACACCAUCCACGUACCCCUCAUUCAAAAGCUCGUAGGCGAAUCGUUCCCGAUCUCCCACGCGCGCCACGGCACUGUCUCAAGUGUCAGCACGUCCCCCGAUCCUUCCAACGCCCCCGUCAUCAUCUUCGGAGGGAAGCCCGAGGAUUAUUGAUUAUAAUGAUAUCG